CAAUAUCUGUUGGUGAUGAAUUAAUUAAAACUAAUUAGUUUUAUUGUAUUUGUAUGAUUUGCAAGGGUGCAGCGGUCGAUUGAUCUUUGAAAAACUAUGAAAACAACAUAUCCAUUUGCAUAGGAGCGUCACUUGAACUAAAUGGAGAUAAUGAAAUAAUUCUUAUUACAGCAAUGGGAUUAUACAAAUACAAAUAUUUUGCUGCUUUAUAUGUUUUGAUAGUUACUAUUGCAUGUUAUAUUACAAGAAGCAACGGAUCAAAAUUUAAGUAUAACAUUUCAAGUUGGAAAUUUUGUUUAAAAUCCGACCAUAUUUUGUCGACGCUGACACAAGUAACGCUAUCGCAGUGUGUUGAUGAAUGUGCCACACGAACAGACUGUCAGGCGGUUAACUAUUUCAAGAGUUACCACAUCUGUGAACUUAUUCCGGAAAACAAUGGUGUGUUGUUUGAAACUACAAAGGUCAAUCGUGGAUGCGUUUUGGUAAAAAAGGAUGAUAUGAUCACAACCGAGAUUAAUGAAAGCUGUCCUUGUGGCGCGAGGGAGUCAUGUGACCUUGAAUUAGAUGUGUCUUGCACGAUUAAAGAAUGCGAAACUUUAACGAUACAAAAUGGUCGAGUAAAUGGAAAUAUGCGGUCAAUAGGAUCUUCAAUAACAUACGAAUGCAACCAAAUGUACAUUGCAACAUUUCAAGAAUCAGGAGCGACCUGCCUUGCAAAUGGGACAUGGUCAUACACUCCCGAUUGUACAAAAGAUACUGAAGGUAAUAACAUUUGCAAGGGUUGUAUACGUCCGAGAGAUUGUCAAGAUGUUAAAGCAGUUAACAAAACAGCAGAAACAGGGUUGUUUAAGAUUUAUCCAAUUGGAAGCAAUGGGUUUAUGGUUCGCUGUGAUAUGGACACGCAACCUGGCGGCUGGACGGUGUUUCAACGCAGAGAAUCAAAUAGUGAUUUUGAAAAAGACUGGGAAGCAUAUAAGGAAGGGUUUGGGCAGUUGGCUAAUAAUUUCUGGUUAGGGAACGAUAAGAUAUGGAAACUUACAAGCAGAGGGCUGUACAAACUACGAGUUGAUCUCAUAGACCAAAAUGGCUCGGAGGGAUAUGCGGAAUACAGUUCUUUUUCAAUCGGAAAUGAGUCGACGAAAUAUGUCUUGAAUAUCGCUGGCCAAAGUGGAACAGCCGAUGACAGCUUGAUCGUGGGUCAUAACGGAAUGAUGUUCAGCACUAUUGACCGAGACAACGAUACAUAUUUUAGAUCUUGUGUAUAUCUUUUUAAGGGAGGGUGGUGGUACUCUGACUGUCAGGUUUCAAACUUAAACGGACCAUAUGGGAACGUCCGUUGUAAUCGCGGAAUGACGUGGAAACAAUGGAGAGGUAAUUGCGUGUUUAUGAAAUUUACUGAAAUGAAAAUUCGUCGAAAGUAACUACAAUGUUUUGAGAACAGAGAUAAAGCAUGCUGUUUAUUUGAUAACUUUUUAUUGCAGCAAAAUCGCUUUAAUUUCAAUGAAAGAAAUUAAUAUUUUGCGUUAGUGUCAAAUAUUUCACCGUAAGAUGCACAUAAACAUUAUAACAUCAUCUUAUGUAUAUAACAAUUGUUCUUUAUAUUAUUCUGAAAAGUGAAAUCCUUUAAAAUCAUUAUUUUAUUUUUUAUAACUACCGCACUUAAAUCAUAAUUUCCGUUUUGAUAAAUGAUAGCGCUUUAACUUCAUUAUUUAAAUUGUAAUAAAUGAUAUCGCUCUUAGAUCAUUAUUUCGAUUCUGUUAAAUAAUAGCGCUCUAAAGCAUUUUCUAACACUAUCGGAAUUU